ACACUCCCUGCAACACACCAACACUACGCAUUGCCCACCAUGUCUUCCUUGCUAGACACUGUACUCAACUCAGAUGCGCCAGCCCCUACUCCCUCGAGCGACGCCGGAAACUUGGGAAAUUCACGCAUACGUUCUUCGUCCCGCCCGCGUGCACCUCCUUCCGAAAGCGCAGCCGCCCACAGCGAUCAUGAGGGAUUCGCCGAUGACGAGGUCGUGGGCGCGAGAGUUGCUGGGCGUAGACCACUGGGCCCACGAGCAGACAUACCGAAAGUUGUCGACGUAACGGGAGAGACGUUGUCGCUUCGGUUUCAAGAGUUUCUGGAGGGCUACACCGAAGAUCCUACGUCUUCAGCGCUUCCUAUAUCGAGCGGUGUUCCCAUCACCGACAAGUAUUACAUCGCACAAAUACGGGGCAUGAAGCUGUUCAGUCUCUCAACUUUGUACGUUGACUUUACACACCUGCAACGGCACGAAGACGGGAUUCUUGCAGCUGCCAUUGCCAGCGAAUAUUAUCGAUUUCUUCCCUAUAUGGUCAGGGCUCUCCACAAUCUUAUCGCAAAGUACGAGCCCCAGUAUUUCAGGGAGCACCGACAGCCAACAUCAACAACCUCGGUGACAGCAGACACAUAUGGCGCUGGAAGUGCGUCGAACCAGCCUUCCAGCCUCAACGAGAAGACAGCAAAUCAGCAAACGGACAAGUUGUUCACGCUUGCUUUUUACAAUCUCCCACUCAUAUCGCGUGUUCGCCAGUUGCGAACCGAUUCCGUUGGCAGUCUCUUGUCCAUUUCGGGCACUGCUACUCGCACAUCAGAAGUACGCCCCGAGCUUUCGAUUGCCACAUUCAUCUGCGAGGCUUGCAAUACUGUCGUCCCCAACAUUGAACAGACCUUCAAAUACACAGAGCCAACGCAAUGCCCCAACACAACUUGUAUGAACAGAGAAGGAUGGCGAUUGGAUAUCAGGCAGUCUACAUUUGUCGAUUGGCAGAAAGUUCGCAUCCAAGAAAACAGCUCCGAAAUACCUACAGGAAGCAUGCCCCGUACAAUGGACGUCAUUCUACGCGGGGAAAUGGUAGAUCGGGCUAAGGCUGGUGAGAAGUGUAUCUUCACUGGAACUGUGAUCGUCAUUCCGGAUGUAAGCCAAUUUAGAGUACCUGGUGUCCGCGUGCAAGCAACUAGGGACAACUCGAAUGCUUCUCGUGGCAAUGACGUCGGUGGGUCUGGCGUCAGUGGCCUCAAGGCGCUGGGUGUUCGCGAUUUGACCUACCGCAUGUCAUUCUUGGCCUGUAUGGUCACCCCUGAUAUAUCCACUCCUGGCCAGCCCGCGAAUCACCACAUGACUGGACAAGCAGGCAAUAUCCUUGCUUCACUUAAUCAGGUGCAGGCGAUGGAAACUGCAGCUACUGGUGAAGAUGCACAAACAGAGUACCUUGCUACUCUUACCCAGGCCGAAAUCCAGGACUUGAAAGACAUGGUGCACAGACCUAACAUCUUCAUGCGGUUGGUGGACUCGAUAGCACCUACAGUUUAUGGCCACCAAGUCAUCAAGAAAGGUCUCCUCCUUCAGUUGAUGGGCGGUGUCUCAAAGGAAACUCCCGAGGGCAUGGCCCUCCGUGGUGACAUCAACAUCUGCGUUGUCGGUGAUCCAUCGACUUCAAAGUCUCAGUUUCUGAAGUAUAUCUGCAGUUUCCUGCCUCGUGCCGUGUACACUUCUGGAAAAGCAUCUUCGGCUGCUGGUCUUACGGCGGCUGUGGUAAAAGACGAAGAAACGGGUGAAUUCACCAUCGAAGCUGGAGCACUUAUGUUAGCAGACAAUGGUAUCUGUGCCAUCGAUGAAUUUGACAAGAUGGAUAUCGCCGACCAAGUCGCUAUUCACGAAGCCAUGGAACAGCAAACUAUCUCUAUUGCCAAAGCUGGUAUCCAGGCCACGCUGAACGCACGCACAUCAAUCCUCGCCGCCGCAAACCCUGUCGGCGGGCGCUAUAACCGCAAAACGACUCUUCGAGCCAAUGUCAAUAUGUCGGCGCCCAUCAUGUCGCGUUUCGACCUCUUCUUCGUUGUACUUGAUGAAUGCGAUGAGGCUGUCGACCGUCACCUGGCCGAGCACAUUGUGGGCCUUCACAAAGACCGCGACGAGGCUAUCGAGCCAGAAUUCAGCACGGAGCAGCUCCAACGCUACAUCCGCUUUGCGCGUACCUUCAAGCCCGAGUUCACAGAUGAAGCCAAGGAGACGCUGGUGGAGAAAUACAAGGAGCUUCGUGCCGACGAUGCUCAAGGGGGCAUUGGAAGGAACAGCUACAGGAUCACCGUCCGUCAAUUGGAAAGUAUGAUCCGUCUCAGUGAAGCCAUUGCCAAAGCAAAUUGUGUUGGUGAAAUCACACCGGAAUUUGUCAAGGAAGCAUACAACCUCCUACGGCAAUCCAUCAUCAGCGUUGAAAAGGACGAUGUCGAGGUUGAAGAUGAAGACGAGGAAGCAGCGUUAGCUGCCGCUGCCGCUGCGGCAGAAGCUCAGGACGGUGACGCACCUAUGGACGACGGCUCAUUGUCGGCUGCUGGCGAUGCCCGUGCCAGGACUGCGAGUCGCACACCAGCACCCUCCACUCCUGCCGCUCCGCUGCGCGAAAAGACGAAGAUCACGCAUGACAAGUACGUGGCAAUGCGCAAUGCGUUUGUGAAGCGCGUCAACGAAGACCAGAGUACCACCGAGGAUGGCGUAGAAGAGGAAGAGCUGUUAGUGUGGUAUCUAGAGCAGAAGGAGAGCGAAUUGGAGACGCAAGAGGAUCUCAACAACGAAAGGACAUUGGCGAAGAAGGUCUUGAGGAAGGUCUGCAAGGAACAAUAUCUGAUGCAGAUCCGUGGCGAAGGCCUUGCGGAUGAUCAGGGUGCUGCGCGCGAUGCUGCAAAGGUCGUUUACGUCUUGCAUCCCAACUGCCCUGUAGAAGAUAUCAUUUAG